UCAACGGCCACGAUUUAAGAUGACAUGAUAUAAUGGCAAGUGCAAAAAACAAAGCUCCCACACUUCUGAGUCCUUCUUCUUUCUCCGCCAUAGCCGCCAAAAUUACUGCUAUUUCCGGCCCCUCUCCGCCGCCUCUGCAACUAUACUUUUGCCGGAUUUCGAAUCCAAAUUCUGUUUCAUACACGACGAAGUUAAAAGCGAAGGAAGAUUCGAGGAGGAACGAGGAAGAAGAAGGAUGAAAGAGAAAAAAUGGUUUGAUUUAUGACGCCAUAAUAGAAUCAAACUCCUCACGAGUCCCCAAGCAAAAAGUUAACUUUGCAGUUUCGGUUGUUCUGUUUUUUGUUCGAUGAGAGCCGGAGAUUGUGACUGCCGGUCUGGGAAUUGAGACCUCCGUAAUGACCGACAACGAGUCUGCAGCGAAGACCUUCCGAGCUCUGGUGGAGAGCGCUAACCGGAAGUUCGCUAGGGUCCAAGACGUCCCGGCCUACGGGCGUAUGGACAGCAACCACUACUUUCAUAAGGUUUUUAAGGCUUAUAUGCGUCUCUGGAAGCACCAGCAGGAAUACCGCGCUAAGCUUGUUGAAUCUGGUCUCAACCGCUGGGAAAUUGGCGAGAUCGCUAGCCGGAUCGGUCAGCUUUACUUUGGGCAUUAUAUGAGAACCAGUGAGGCCAGGUUUUUGAUUGAAGCCUAUAUCUUCUAUGAAGCGAUUCUUAAUCGAAGCUAUUUUGAGGGAUCGAAAAAUUCGAGGAAGGAUCUGGGAGCGAGGUUCAAGGAACUGAGGUUUUACGCGAGGUUUUUGAUGGUUUCGUUGUUUUUGAAUCGUACGGACACGCUUCAGGUUCUUGCGGAACGAUUGAAGGCUCUGGUGGACGAUAGCAAGGCCAGUUUCCGGGCUACUGACUUUAAGGAAUGGAGGCUAGUUGUACAAGAAAUUUUCUGCUUCAUGAAUAUAGCAACAGUCUCGAUGAAUGUCAGACCAUUGCGUUACUCUACUGCAUUUGAUUCCCAUCCAUCAUCCCUUCCAUUUGUGGCACGUUUCCAUGCCAAGAGGGUUCUUAAAUUCCGAGAUGCCGUUCUGACUAGCUACCACAGAAAUGAGGUUAAAUUUGCGGAAAUUACUUUGGACACUUAUAGAAUGCUGCAAUGUCUAGAAUGGGAGCCUGGUUUCUUCUACCAAAAGCAUCCAGUUGAACCCAAUGAAAAUGGAGCUGCCAUUGAUUAUUCUGGGGCGUCUGGAAUAAUUGAUAUUAACUUAUCUACUGAUAUUACUGAUCCAUCUUUACCUCCAAAUCCAAAGAAAGCUAUCCUCUAUCGACCAUCUGUGACGCAUUUGAUAGCUGUCAUGGCCACAAUUUGUGAGGAGCUCCUUCCAGAUAGUAUCAUGCUGAUUUAUCUAUCUGCAGCAGGGAAAUGCUGUCAAAACAGUGUCCAUCAAACAGCAAGCUAUGGGGAAUCAAGAAAAUCCUUGAAAAGUAAAGUCAUCGCUCAGAAUUCACGAGAAAAUUGUAACGCUCUACCCGAAUCCUGUAAGAGUCAGAAGCCAGGAUCGAGUGACCUUUACGACGAGUAUUUGUGGUUUGGGCAUAGGGGUAAUGGAGGUCCAAACGUUUUAUACCCUGGUGAUAUAAUACCUUUUACACGUAGACCUGUUUUCUUGAUAGUUGACAGUAACAACAGCCAUGCAUUCAAGGCUCUACAUGGGGCAGAGAGAGGAGAGACUGCCGCCAUACUUCUUUCACCAUUGAGGCCUGCAUUCAAGAAUCCCUUAAAUGUUGAUAAAAUUCAAUCAGGAAGUCAGUUUACAUUUUUCUUGACUGCCCCUCUGCCUGCAUUUUGCGAAAUGGUUGGCCUGUCCUCAGCCAAUUUGGAUAUAGAUGUUUACAAUGAUGCUGAGACCAUCAUCUCCUCCGCAUUUUCCGAGUGGGAAAUAAUUCUUUGUACAACAACUAGCUUAAAUAUCGUUUGGGCUCAAGUUUUGUCUGAUCAUUUUUUACGCCGUCUCAUUCUCAGAUUUAUAUUCUGUCGAUCGGUGCUAUCGUUCUUCGAUACGAAAGAAGACGACGACCUUCCUAUUUGCCUGCCUUGUCUUCCCGACUCUAUCUCUUCGAAUUGUGGAGUCGCCAUCUCAGCAAUUCGUCGUCUAGCAAAUCAUCUUAAUGUUGCUGACUUAUUUAACUUCCACGAAGCGUAAUCACAAUCUAGAUAUUGCGAAACACCGUCCGGAAUCGAGUACAAAGUCUGCCUUCUCAAGGUCAGUUCACAAUCGAAACAUAACACCAUUGAUCUGUUGAGAGUUACAGUAGGAUCUGGAAUUGGUGUUCGUUUUGAAGCUAAACUUAUGAAACACUGGUAGUGUGAUGAUGGUUGCCUUCCAUUUUAAUGUUUAUGGGCAGCCUGUUGGUUUCUUAAGUUUCUAGGUGGGUUUACUGUUUAGUUAGCUGAGUGUGUGAUAAUUUAUUGUAGGUUUCUGUUAAGCUAGCCAUGGAGAUUUUUUCUUUCUUUUUGCUUAUUCCUUUUCAUUUCUCUGUUAAAAAAAAAAAGGAAGGAAAAAAAUAAGUAAAUUGAAGCAGAGAAAUGACACUCCUCACUCUUGUACAAAAGUGACAAAUCUUGAGUUUCAUGUUGUGGUUUUUUUUUUCCAAUAUUUUUUCAAAAUUGUUUUAGAUA